GUCAUUCUUUGGGAAAAUGCUUUGUUUUAAACAUGCUCUUCCUUUUUUCCUUUUACUCGUAUUCUAUAUGGACGUUUGCUAUGGAAAAACUCAAGAAAUGCUCGUUGCAACGGUUGAUGACGAUCAACUGAACAGCAGAGGUGAGCGUCCCUUUCCUGCUUCUCCGUUCCCUCCUGCUCCACCCUUUUCACCAGCUGGAAUGGCAAAACUACUCUUGGAACCUUUUUUCAUAAGGGGAACGGAAGUAGGUAAUUACAGAGAACCAUUACCCUUAAAAGAUUUAACUAAGAGGCAAUGUGAAAGUUUAAUACAAAAUCUUGGUCAAAUAAGAUAUAGCUUGAACGCUACCUUUCAAUUUCCAUUCUGCUCUAGUCAACUAAGCGAAUUGAUCGAAAUAAAAAGAUAUAAAGAAAACAUGCUACCAGUGAGACUUGACCAUUGUUUGAAUUGGGAUAGAAAGAGAAGUCGAAAAUAUAAGAAAGAGUUAGCUUUAAACGAAUUGACUGAACACGAAUCCCAAUGUAAAAAUGAGGAUCUGGCUAUAUGCGUGGCUAGAUACAAGAGAAUAAGAAGCUACCUUAAACUACAUCCAAACAAUUUUACUGAUGAUGGACUCGUAGAAUUAGAGCAAGAAAUGAAAAAAACAAUUCGUUGUAUGGAGAAGUACAAUUCAAAAAUGAAUAAUAAACUACUAGAAGGUUGCGUCUACGAUAGAUAUAUAUUUAAACCUAAUGUCUGGAAUACUAAUAAAGCAUCUUGGAAAGCCUUUUUAGGCGGUUGUUUAAUCAACUAUAAUUUCCAACAAUAUAGAUGCUCCUAUCCUUUUGUUUACGAAUCUGAUGUUUGCGAUAAACGGAAUUAUAAGAAAAAAUUUAAAAAACAUUUUGACUGUGUUAGAGAAGUAAGAGAACAGAUGGGAGGACCGCAAAACUGCGGAUAUUACGAUGAUAAAUUUGAAAAGUUUCUUAAUAAGAAGACGAGGGAACGCUGUUCUGUUAGACGUCAAUUUCAGAAGCAAAUUGAAGAAAGUAAAAAACCCUGUUCGUCACCGCAUUAUAAAGUACAGUAA